GACAGUUCUUUGAGGGAAGCCUGGGGUUGUUGUGGGGGUGGAGCAGCGUGUUUAUGUAUUAGCAUAGGGUAAAUCCAGAUGCCUCUUGGCACUAUGGAUACACAAGCAGCUGAAAGCAGGGCAAACAGGAAGGCUACCUAGGAGCUUCCUGGCAGGGUUUCUUCUUCCUAAUUGCCUGUAUCUCAGAGAUCUGAGUGAAUGACCAGGGGAGAGGUCUGAUGCUAGCCACUGUUCAGCACAAACACGUUCUAAAGUAUUAAUGGUGCCCAGUAGGAGCAGGAGGAGUCGGCGCGAUCUUCUGAAAGCCAGGAAAUAGCGGGAGCUGCCUAUACCUGGACAAAACCCACCCGGGAGUUUAUGCCAGCGUGGCUUUAUUCCUACAGAUGAACCAAGCAUUGGGAUAGCAAUAUAAAAUUAGAAUCAGACAGCUGACUGCUCAGCAGGAUGCCAUCAACUAACAGAGCAGGCAGCCUAAAGGACCCUGAGAUUGCAGAGCUCUUCUUCAAAGAAGAUCCGGAAAAGCUCUUCACAGACCUCAGAGAAAUCGGCCAUGGGAGCUUUGGAGCAGUAUAUUUUGCUCGAGAUGUGCGUACUAAUGAAGUGGUGGCCAUCAAGAAAAUGUCUUAUAGUGGAAAGCAGUCUACUGAGAAAUGGCAGGAUAUUAUUAAGGAAGUCAAGUUUCUACAAAGAAUAAAACAUCCCAACAGUAUAGAAUAUAAAGGCUGCUAUUUACGGGAACACACCGCUUGGCUUGUAAUGGAAUAUUGUUUGGGAUCUGCCUCAGAUUUACUAGAAGUUCAUAAAAAGCCAUUACAAGAAGUGGAAAUAGCAGCAAUUACACAUGGUGCUCUCCAGGGAUUAGCUUAUUUACAUUCUCAUACCAUGAUCCAUAGAGAUAUCAAAGCAGGAAAUAUCCUUCUGACAGAGCCAGGCCAGGUGAAACUUGCUGACUUUGGAUCUGCUUCCAUGGCUUCCCCUGCCAAUUCUUUUGUGGGAACACCAUAUUGGAUGGCCCCAGAAGUAAUUUUAGCCAUGGAUGAAGGACAGUACGAUGGCAAAGUUGAUGUAUGGUCUCUUGGAAUAACAUGUAUUGAAUUAGCGGAGAGGAAGCCUCCUUUAUUUAAUAUGAAUGCAAUGAGUGCCUUAUAUCACAUAGCCCAAAAUGAAUCCCCUACACUACAGUCUAAUGAAUGGUCUGAUUAUUUUCGCAACUUUGUAGAUUCUUGCCUCCAGAAAAUCCCUCAAGAUCGCCCUACUUCAGAGGAACUUUUAAAGCACAUGUUUGUUCUUCGAGAGCGCCCGGACACAGUGUUAAUAGAUCUUAUUCAAAGGACAAAGGAUGCAGUAAGAGAGCUGGACAAUCUGCAGUAUAGAAAGAUGAAGAAACUCCUUUUCCAGGAGGCACAUAAUGGACCAGCGGUAGAAGCACAGGAAGAAGAAGAGGAGCAAGAUCAUGGUGUUGGCCGGACAGGAACAGUGAAUAGUGUUGGAAGUAAUCAGUCUAUUCCCAGUAUGUCUAUCAGUGCCAGCAGUCAAAGCAGCAGUGUUAACAGUCUUCCAGAUGCCUCGGAUGACAAGAGUGAGCUAGACAUGAUGGAGGGAGACCAUACAGUAAUGUCUAACAGUUCUGUCAUCCACUUAAAACCUGAGGAGGAGAAUUACAGAGAAGAAGGAGAUCCUAGAACAAGAGCAUCAGAUCCACAGUCUCCACCUCAAGUGUCUCGUCACAAAUCACAUUAUCGUAAUAGAGAACACUUUGCAACUAUAAGAACAGCAUCACUGGUUACAAGGCAGAUGCAAGAGCAUGAGCAGGACUCUGAACUUCGAGAACAGAUGUCUGGUUACAAGCGGAUGAGGCGGCAGCAUCAAAAGCAGCUGAUGACUCUGGAAAAUAAACUAAAGGCGGAGAUGGAUGAACACCGUCUCAGAUUAGACAAAGAUCUUGAAACUCAGCGUAACAAUUUCGCUGCAGAAAUGGAGAAACUUAUCAAGAAACACCAAGCUGCUAUGGAAAAAGAGGCUAAAGUGAUGGCCAAUGAGGAGAAAAAAUUCCAGCAGCACAUUCAGGCUCAACAGAAGAAAGAACUGAAUAGCUUUUUGGAGUCCCAAAAAAGAGAAUAUAAACUUCGAAAAGAGCAGCUUAAGGAGGAGCUGAAUGAAAACCAGAGCACACCUAAAAAAGAAAAGCAGGAAUGGCUUUCCAAGCAGAAGGAGAACAUACAACACUUCCAGGCAGAAGAAGAAGCUAACCUUCUUCGACGCCAAAGGCAGUAUCUAGAGCUGGAAUGUCGCCGCUUCAAGAGAAGAAUGUUACUUGGGCGACAUAACUUGGAACAGGACCUUGUCAGGGAGGAGUUAAACAAAAGGCAGACUCAGAAGGACUUAGAACAUGCAAUGCUACUACGACAGCAUGAAUCCAUGCAAGAACUGGAGUUUCGCCACCUCAACACUAUUCAGAAGAUGCGCUGUGAGUUGAUCAGACUGCAGCAUCAAACUGAGCUCACUAACCAGCUGGAAUACAAUAAGCGAAGGGAACGGGAACUAAGACGAAAACAUGUUAUGGAAGUUCGACAACAACCUAAGAGUUUAAAGUCUAAAGAACUCCAGAUAAAAAAGCAGUUUCAGGAUACAUGCAAAAUUCAAACCAGACAGUACAAAGCAUUAAGAAACCACCUACUGGAGACUACACCAAAGAGUGAGCACAAAGCCGUUCUGAAGAGACUCAAGGAGGAACAGACUCGGAAGUUAGCCAUCUUGGCUGAGCAGUAUGAUCAUAGCAUUAAUGAAAUGCUCUCCACACAAGCUCUGCGUUUGGAUGAAGCACAGGAAGCAGAAUGCCAGGUUUUGAAGAUGCAGCUGCAGCAGGAACUGGAGCUACUGAAUGCAUAUCAGAGCAAAAUCAAGAUGCAGGCUGAGGCCCAACAUGAUCGAGAGCUUCGAGAGCUGGAACAGAGGGUCUCCCUUCGCAGAGCACUCUUAGAACAAAAGAUUGAAGAAGAGAUGUUGGCUUUGCAGAAUGAACGCACAGAACGAAUACGUAGCCUGCUUGAACGUCAAGCCCGAGAAAUUGAAGCUUUUGACUCUGAAAGCAUGAGACUAGGUUUCAGUAACAUGGUCCUUUCUAAUCUCUCCCCUGAGGCAUUCAGCCACAGCUACCCAGGAGCUUCUAGUUGGUCUCACAAUCCUACUGGGGGUCCCGGACCUCACUGGGGUCAUCCCAUGGGUGGCACACCACAAGCUUGGGGCCAUCCAAUGCAAGGUGGACCCCAGCCUUGGGGUCAUCCCUCAGGGCCAAUGCAAGGGGUCCCUCGAGGUAGCAGUAUGGGAGUCCGCAAUAGCCCCCAGGCUCUGAGGCGGACAGCUUCUGGGGGACGGACAGAACAGGGCAUGAGCAGAAGCACGAGUGUCACUUCACAAAUAUCCAAUGGGUCACACAUGUCUUACACAUAAUAAUUGAAAGUGGCAAUUCCGCUGGAGCUGUCUGCCAAAAGAAACUGCCUACAGAAAUCAUCACCGCAGCCUCCUCACUUGGGUACUACCAUGUGGAAGCUGAGUGCAUAUGGUAUAUUUUAUUCGUUUUUGUAAAGCGUUAUGUUUUGUGUUUACUAAUUGGGUUGUCAUAGUAUUUGGCUGCCGGGUUUUUGUGGUUGGCUUUUUGUUUCUUUGUUUUUAACUUUUGGAAAAUUUUAAAAGUGGGAAUAGAUAAAUAUUUCAUGUGUGUGGCAAAAAGAAAUUGGCUUAAUAGAAGGGGUUUUAUCUGAACAAUGUCAAAAUAAAAUGAAGCAAACUGGCCUGAAUCAUCACUUUAGGAUGUCCAUAGCCUAAGAAGUUUAUUGGAAGAUCUACAGCCUUCCUCCCUAUUCCACAGUCUGUGAGCCACUGAGGGCAGGUAGCAUCUGUGCUGAAACACACCUCCACUCCUUACCAGUGUGUUUCCUUUCUUUAUGAAAUGGGCCUGACUUCCCAACCUCAUUCGGACUAAAAAGCAGAAAACCAUGAACAUUAAAAGAUUGUAUUCACCUUUUCAGGUGGUAAAAAAUCAUGUAGUUCUUUGCUAAGUGCUUCAGAAGUUUGUCGCUGAUUUUGUAGGUUCUAUCAUUAUAAGAUGGAGUUGCUUAAGGAGAUCAUAAGCUGUGUGGGGAUUGCACUACCAAGCCUGUGAACUAUCAGAGGGAAAAACCAGAAGGUCAGGGGACCCUGAAAGUUCCUGUGAUAGAUAUGUUCAGCAUGGAGUGAGGAGCUAAAGCCUCUCUAUUCCUACAUUUUGUCUCUUGUACAGUGAGAUCUCAUGCUACCCAAACUCUAAGACCCCAGACAGUACUUUUGCUUUGUUUGUACAAAAACAAAGACACUUAGCCAACACAGAGCAGAUGCCAGAGGUAUUUGAAUGAUGCCAUAUUUGUGAACUGCCACCUAUUAGAAUAUUCAUCACACUACACAGACAUAAUUUUAUUACCCCCUUUUUGGCGUAUGGGAUUUCCUGUUUACAAGUAGCAAUAGUCAGUUAUUUAUUUAGUUGCCACCAGGAGUCUGAGCCAAUGCCUACCAGCCGCUGACUAAUCCUCACACUGUGGGUGCCGCUUUGUGUGCAGGUCCUCUGUGUUCAGCCGCUGUUGUAUUGCUGCGUACCUUACAGACUUAGUUCGAUGGGGACCACCUUGGUCCAUGUUAAUAUCACACAAUAGCAGAUCCCUUUCAGAAGUCUCCAGCUUAGUGCUGAAAUACUACUGAGAAGAAACUAGUAGUUUGGUGAGUGAAAGAAAACAACAACAAAAAUUAAAAGUAAGUUCUAUAGUGGUCAGGGACCACUAACUGGAAAAUGUGUUCUCUUUUUCAAUGAAGGAUCAAUCCAGUGGUCUACGUCAGUGCUAGUUUGUCCUCUGGUUGCUUGUGGAGAGUGUGAGUUGGAGGUAGACAAGGGGCAGUGCCAUUUUUAGUGACAGACCAGAGUUUCUUACAAGUUAUUGCCCUGCUCCCCUUUCAGUUGUUUUGAAGAGCUCUUGUUGCUAACUCUGGGUCCUGCUUUUCAUGGAAUUUAGAGGGUAAGAACACACUUAAUCAUACUUAGAACAAACUAGCGACCAAAUUGUCAUCUGCUACUAUUGACAUUCUUUCUUUUCUUAACAUUUUAUGUCUUGUCCAGGUAUGUCAUUCCAGUCUCCAUGACUUACCCCCUUAAGGAAUUUCUGACUUUGGUUUGAGGGUUUCUGACACUAGUUAAAACAAAAAUUAGAUCAGGGUGUAGUAGCACAUGCUUAUAAUUCCAGCACUUGGGAAGUGGGAGUCUGGGGUUCAAGGUUGCCUUCAUCUGUCUCACGAAGGGCAGAAAGAAAGAUGCUAUAAUAUAGAUUCUUGGAAAACCAAUAGAAGGUUGACAGUAAAGUUUACACACACUUCUGGGCAGGGUUUAAGCAUGUUCUAUGUCAGUUUUUAGGUGAAAAAAUAACUAAUGAAAAGGGCUCUUAGUUGUCUGUCUUUUGCAUUCAAAACACUAUUCAAGAGUUUCAAACAAAUUGAGAGCUCUGUAUAUUUGGAGGAAAUAAGGGAAAGCUUUAGAUUUAAUAGGAUGUUCAAAACUAUAAAAGAAGACCAUCUUUUAUAAGAUGGUCUUAUAAAACCAUUAAAAACCAUUUUUCAUACAUCUGGCCCCUAUCUGCUCCCGGAGGGUUAGAAUGGGAAAGCAAGUCAAAUGUGAAUUAAAAAAUUCCAUCAGACUCCAAACUACUACCAGAGAUACACUUUAUAGUCCAGCUGUGAGCUUCACUUGGUCAGAUUGAGUGACUGAGUCCAUUUUGAUCGUAAUGCACUCAUACUAGUGUGAUUGAAUACUGUGUGUCAUGUCCAAUAGGAAUUUCUGCCUCAUCUAAUUGUGUGGCACCCAGUUUUCCCAUGUAGGUCAUGAUUAUACGAUCAAUUUAGUUAAAAUACAUGUGGUUUGCAAAAUGAUUAAAAUUAAUAGGUUUGUGUGUAAGUGCUAACUUCUGAGGAAUCAUGUACACGGCAGAAUUUAUCACAGUAAAAACUGGUAGCAGGAAAUUUUGAAAGGGUUUGAAAUACCCAGAAGAUAAGGCAAGUACUUUCUGGGGGUGGGGGGGAGUAGAAAUGUAAACAUUUGACCAAAUUAGCACUACCUCCUCCCCAGUUAAUUCACUUAUUAUAUGUGUGUUGAAGAAAGUGAAAGUGUGGAAAAAUGGGUAGUGCACCAGAAGUUAUGGAUAUAUUUCUAGUAUCCAGAACCUAACAGGGAAACUUUCUUGUUCUACCUUUCUUGGGUCAGCAUUUUAAAAAUACAAAGCCUCAUAUCUUGAGAUAUUUUAUUUCUCAUUAAAUUCACUGCCCUUUGCACAUAACAUUUCUUUUAAACUUAGCUCUAACCCUAAAUUGUGACAUCAGAAAGUGUUUACACUGUGUAAACAAUGUUUGCUGAAAGUGUGUUUAUAUUUUAGAGUUCCUAUUCUGCACAUUUCCAUAACUAGAGAUGAAUAGUCCUGAUUAUAAUGUCACAUCCACAGAUGAAACACACUUAGUCUCAAUUCAAGGCCUUGCUAGUAAGUGGGGCUUUGUACAUCGUCGUUAUGAUUUUUUGACUGCCUGGAUACCAAGUAAACAACAUUCAGAACACUAAAGAAACUGACCUACAGAUCCAUCCUGCUACUAACAAGGUUUUGUGUACAUCCUUUUUUUUUUUCCCCCAGAUCUUAAGGCAGAAUUUAGUAAGUUUGUGCUUCUGUAAAUGUCUAGCAUUUUAAACAUAUAUAGAAUACAUUGUUUUGGACACUGGAAUAAUAUGAUUUAUUUUCACCUAUAAAAAUGAUUUCAUUGUACUUGAACACCUUUGCAUUUCUCCAUUUGUGCCAUUUACAAGUGGAAAUAAAUUGUAUUAUACCAUGAUCUACUGGCUUUUUAAAACUGUUACAUAUGCACAUUUUUGGUAUAGCUGUUUUCAUUUGUGUAUAGUGUGUGUGUGAGAGAGAGAGUGUGUCUAUAUGUGUGUGUAGAUGGAUGGUUAUAACUCACUCUAUAUAUGUCUGCCAGGGUUCAGCUUUGAGUUUUGUUGUUUUCUUUUUUAUCCUCUGUUAAGGCAAGGAUGUGUCUGUUUUUAAAGAGUACUCUGGGCUGAUAUUUAUGAGAUGAUUAGUAGAUGCAGUCUUUCUUUUUCAAUCCCUUAGCACUUCUAUUAGGAGAAAGUUAAGUAAAAUGAAACCAUAAAUUACAAUGUAGUAAAAAUGUGAUAGGGAAGGAGCCAGAUGGUGUUUCUUUGAGUUUGUUUUACAAUGCAACAAAAGAUACAAGCAGGAGAAAAGUAAACUGUGCAAAGAACACACUAGUGCUGAUUCUGCAAAGGUAAAAAAGUCAGUGAGUCACAUUCUUAAUAGACCUUUUAGAUUCUUAGUGCUGAAUCCGUGACCCCCUCAUUCCCUUUUCCUCUUAAUAGCAAUAGUUCUGUAUUUUACUGAGGAUCAAAACUGCCAAGAAAGAAAUUACUACUAAAACAUAUCUAAGGUUCUCCUAAACUGUUAAUUACAGGAGGUGGUCACUGGGAGAGAAGGUGUGAACUGAUUUGAAGGGUUGUCUCCUUUUAAGUACUCUUCUUAUUUGCUAAUAGUAAGUUCCUUAUGAACCUUCCACCCCUUCUGAGCCACUGCUGUUCAAGCAGAGAUUUGGUCCAACACAACACCCCUUUCUUAGUUUCUUUUCUUUUGAGACAGGGUCUUGCUGUGUAACCCUUUCUGGUCUGGUAAUUGAUGUUUUCCCAAGGCCGACCUCAAAUUCCUAGCACUCCUGUCCCAGGCUCCCAGGUAGUGGGAUUCCAGGCCUGAACCACCAUGCUCAGCCACAGCAACCCUUUCUUUUGGAGGUUUAUAGUUCUGCAUUUGACUCAUGUUCAGAAUGUGAAGUGUCCUAAUGUAUAUUAAAGUCAGAAAAAUAAUAUAUUUAAGGUGUACUAAGUGUGAAUCUUCUAUAAUGAUGAAAAUUUCUCACUUCUUACAUAGAGCCUUCUCUAAAGAGCAAAGUCAAAAUUUGGGCUGUCAUUGAGCUGCUUAUCAAAAUACAGAUCAAUAUUGAAGAUAAACACAUUGUUUUUGUUUUGUUCCCCUAUAACAGAAGUCUCCCUUCCCUGGUUUAGCAUUGCCUUUUAAAAGGCGCUCACCCUUAGUUAAGAACUGGAAAUUCCCACCCUCGGAUUCCUUAAAGGAUGAAGAGUGUGCUGUACACUCAGCAUACGUGCCUCUUGUAUGCAAGGACUACUGAUUGAAGUCUGUUUUGCUGUGUCUGGUUAUGUUGUCUGCACUUUUAUGAAAUCACUACAGUACAUCUGCGUUGGAAAUAAUUAUUAAUUUGUAAAGAAAUUUUUAUUAAACACUGUAGAAAAAGAAAGUGAAGCUGAGAACUCUUCCUUUUGUGCAUUUAUAUUUUCUGCUGAAUUCUGAUAGCCCACUUUUAAAGUUGUAUUGACUUGUUUUUUCCUCUUUGAUUAUAUUCAGAUUUCCAAAGUUUUAUUCAAAUAAGUGGCUGGCCUUCAGAUCAUAAGAAAUAGGCACCAUAUCUGCUGUUGCAGGCUUCUGAAACUUGCACUGCCCAUCCAUGCAAAAAUAAGUAUCUUAAGAAAUAGAAACGGAAUACAAACUGGGGAGCAUGUACUAUGUCACCAUAUCUGUUCACUGUUUGCAGCAAUCCGAACUGUGUGUGUGUGUGUGUGUGUGUGUGUGUGUGUGAGAGAGAGAGAGAGAGAGAGAGAGGGAGGGAGGGAGGGAGAGAGGGAGAGAGAGAGAGAGAGUGAGGGAGAGAGGGUUUUGCUUUGCUUUUAAAUAUACAAGGGGUUCUUUAACAGAGGAAAAAGUUAAUCCUCUCCAGCCAAUGCCCACUGGAUAUAUAGUCUUUACAUCUGUAGGUAGUUGAAAUGUGGAGAGAAGAGAAGGAAAGACUUCUCAAUGAAUGAAAAAGGGUAUCUUGAUGCUCAAGAACCCCUCCCCCCCCCCAGUACGGGUAAUUCAACCUGCACAGUUUCCUUUCACUUGUAGUUUUAACAAUUAUGAGUGGAAAUCAUGUAAUUAUCUGUAAAUAUGUAGCUAACAAAUUGACCUAGUUUCUGUAUUUUUUUGGUUUUGUACUAAAGUUUAUAGGUCUGUGCCAGCUAGAGAGGUUGCUGUCAUUGCUAGUUGUGAUUCUAGCACCUAAUCCUGACACCAUCCUAGGUGACAUUUUUAGAAUUAAUGGUUAAAUGUUGUUAAACAGGGAGAAAUGGAGCUUAAUCAUUGGUCAGGUUUGAAAUCAUUUGAAACUAAGUAAUUUUAUUUAAUAUGAUGAUUACAUGUUGUCAGUCAUGAGUGAGGUGUAGGGAGUCUCCCCCCCCAGUGGCCAUGUUUACAGAGUGUUUUGUCUAUAAAGUGCAAGUGUGUUGAUGUUUAUGUAAAUUAUGCAGGUGAUAACUAUGGUUUGGGACUGUUUAUGGGCUCUUUUAACUGAAUUUUAAAAUGAAAUGAACUAUGCUUAUUGCUGGCACAUUGAUCCCAUUUCUGGAACAUUUUUCCUACUUCCAGAAUUCUGUAUGUUCCUUGACAUUACCCCACUUAACCUCCCUCCUUCUGAUAUGCCUUGUAGCUAAGAUAUUAAAGACUGUUGAACAUAGAUGAGGGAAAUGCAUUUCUUAAAAAUCCAUGAACCCUCAAUUGUAUGCUUUCAGUAUUGUGUUAUAUGUUUCUAUGGCAACUUUGAAGUCAGUGGUUUAGAAAUGAGAUACCAAUGUUAAUGAAAAGUAUGUACUCUUUGCUUUUGCAUGGCUUGGCUUAGUGUCCAAGGUAUAUUAGAGCCACUUGAAAGCAUGAAGACCAGUUAUACGGAAACAGGUUUCUCUCAGUGGCACACUUUGCUUUUUCUUAGCCCUCAAAUACAUUGCCUCGGCAUGAACAUUAUUGUUAAUAUAAAUUGCACAUGGUCAUCAAGCGAAUUCUGUCAUUUUGAAAGAUGCAGCUGCCUGAGUUUGCAGUUUGGUUGGUCUCCAUCUCAAAUAACAGUGAGGGUACUGGAGCCCUUGCCCUUUCUUUGGGUCAUAAACAGCUAUCAGUUUAUCAAGGCGUUGGCUGCCCUAGGGUACAGCCAUGCUGUUGUCUUUUGCUGCCCAUUCAUUCCACAUGUGCUGUUGUCCUUGCACGUCAUACUCUGAAAGAAAUCAUCACCCUUUCUUCCUAACAAUUUAAUUUUGUCUUUUUGUCCACAUUAAAUGGGAAUUGUGCCUAUUUAGAUUGCCCCUCAAUUUAAAUACACAUGUAACCCAAGCCAGAGACAAGGUGGAAAAACAUUUUUUUCAAGUCCACUUGGCCAGUAAUUUACCUAACAAACUGUUUUACCACAUAAUCUUGACACUUGAUAGAAGAGCCUAUUAGGAGUCACGGUGGUUUUAUAGAGUAAAAUCCAAGUGAAGGGGGAUGUGUGGGGUUUCCAUUAGGAAAUAAUUUUGUUCUUAUUUUACUUUUUGUGAUCCUUCUCUGCUAGUUUUAGAAUAGGUUAAUUCUCUUUUUUUUUAUUUUUUUAGGGAAAUUUUUACAAAAACAAUGGUCUGAUGUAAAUAACAUUUUAAAGUACAGUGCACAUAACUUGCCUAGGCUGUUCCAACCUGACUAUUUGUAAAUGCUUUAGAGUUUCUAAAUUAACACUUGUGUUGCUAAAUCCUAUUUAUGUAAGUCUGAAAAGGUUUUUAACCCAUAUAAAACAUUUAAAUAAUGCAGGUUAUAAUGAGCAAGUUAGCUUUGAGAACCCCUCCUUUUAGUAUAUGAAAAAGCCUAAUGCGCACUAAGAGGUUGGAGAGACUAUGAGAAAUAUGUAUAGUGUAUAUUUUAAACAGCUUUGCUUGUAUUGUGAAGAUUUAAGAACAAACUUGAGAUUUUUAAAGUUAACUAUUAACACAGUUUUAACAUAAGUUAUCCCACUGGGUUUAAAAGCAUCUUGAAUGUAUAACCCUUCUAUAACCCAGGUUGGUUUCUGUUUUUACCGAAUCAUCCAAACGUUAUUUAUAUUUUUAGUUUUAUGUAUUCAUUUCUUUUCGGUUUCCUCAAACAGCAUGGGGUUUUUUGUUUGUUUGUUUGUUUUUCUUUUUUCUUUUCUUUUUUUUUUCUUUUUGCACAUGUAGAAAUUUAAAAAAAAAAAAGAAGGAAAUUAAUACAUGAUUUUUCUCUGGAUUUUCUUCACUUUAGUCUUUCUACUACUAACCUCUUAAAGGCCAUGGCAUUCCAUUUGCUUAUUUGUGCAAAUGCCAGGGUUGGUUUUUAUUUUUAUUUUUGCUAUUUACCUAAAAAAAAAAAUGCUUCAGUCAAUUGCUUUUUUUAUUUAAAAUUUAAAAAAAAAAAAAAAGAAAGAAAAAAAAAGCUGUAACCUUAUCAUUUCUGAGUAGACCACUGAGAGAGAAAUGCACACCUGUCGGCCCAGGACCAACUUCGAUGGCUAAAGGGAAUAUUUUCACUAAGUAAGAUGUUCUGUACAAAACGUGGUGUAUGGUACCCACAGUCUGUUUGAGUUAUUCCCACAAGUCAGGUCCUGAUAAGUGAGGGUUAUCAGCUAACUGAUGUGUUAUCAUUGAGGUUCGUCAAUGAAUUUGUACAUUUCUAGUUCCCUUUGGUGAAGGGGAAAGUGAUGAUUUUGCAAGACCUAGAUUUUGGCUUGGUUUCUUGCCUCCUUAUUUGGCAGCCUUCAUCUUUUCCUAAAGCCCUUGAGCCUGUAGGGUUUUCAUAGUGGACAAAGGACUUACGGUCGUUUAAAACGGAGAGAUUUGGGGAAGGGCAAGAGAUUAUCAUAUGAACACACAGUAUCCUAACACUUUUAAUGGUGGAUAAUUUUGAGUAAACCCAGUCCUUUCAAAUUGUAGACUAAACAGAUGCCCACAGUGGAGGCUUACCAAGGGUUGCGAUGAGGAAGAAGCCUCUCUCCCUCACUGUCAGCACCAGCUGGGAAAGGUGACUGCGGGUGUGCAUUUUCCUUUUCAUAGAAAUGGUCCACAGCACUAACUGGUAAGGCUUAUUGUACAGUAUAUUGUCAGUAUUCUUCUGGUUCAGCAUACCUUAUAGUUCGUAUAUAACCUGUAUUAAUUGUAUAGAUUGUGCAUUUAAAGCUGUUACCAAGUUGUCAGAAUCUUAAGAACGAAAACAGGUCAUAUGUAAUAUUUUGUUUGUAAGUAUCCUUUGUAUCAUAGCAAAGGAAAUGUUUAAAAGAUCAACUGUAAUAAAAGUAAUUUUAGUACA